CAUUAGCCAUUUACUGACUGUGUCAGUAACCUCAGUCCCAAAGCAAAAGAAAUGGUGGAAACUGAAUCCAACGCCGCUCAAGUAUCGGCCGUCACCGCCGAAGCGACGGAGCCCGAAAAGACCCUGUCUCAAGACCAAGUCGACAACACCGCCGCCAAACUCAAUAACCUUACGCUCCGAAUUUGGCCCCCCACUCAACAGACGCGCAAUGUCGUUAUCAACCGUCUGGUCGAGACGCUGUCUUCCGCAUCUGUACUUUCCAAGCGCUACGUCAUGAUCCCGGAGGACGAAGCCUCAUCCAUCGCCAAGACGAUCGAGGAGGAGGCUUUCUCACUCGCCGGAGGAGCGUUCUUCCCCGACGAUAACGGCAUCGAGAUCCUUCAGAUGUAUUCCAAGGAGAUCAGCAAGCGUAUGCUCGACACUGUCAGAUCUCGAGGUGCCGCCGCCGCCGCCGCCGCAGCCUCGGAUGCUCCGUCAGGUACGGAAACUCCGAGUGGUUAGGAGAUUUCAUCGUCAAGGCAGAGGGUUGAGUUUGAGGAUCUUUGUUUCUCUCUUUCUCUCUCUCUAGGGUUCCUUUUUGGAUAUACACCUGGAAUUGCUAGGGUUUGUUGAGAUCUCUUUGCUUGGCUGUGGAUAAUUCGAGAUGCUCAAUUGCAAAUAAGACGAUAAUGGCAUCUUUAACUGUAAUAUUUGUUUUCGAGGGUUUUCUGUAAUCUUUCUGAAAAUGUGCUUUGAUCUUUAUGAGUUUCUUGUUUUUUCUUUCUCACCAUUGCUACAAUGCAAAAGCAGCUUAAAGGUUGCUAGAAAUUUUCUUGAGUGAUGAUUGUUUCUCAACAAUUCAACAGCAUUCUGUUGUACCUUAAUGUACUUAGUGUUCUUUCACGAACUCUCUCAACAAACUAAGUUAUUAGCUUCACAUGAAUUAGGCAAUGCUGUAUAUAAUUUUUAUCUCCUGAAAGCUGAACAAUGGAAACCGGAGCAAUCAAGCUGAAACUUGAGUCUUGUAAGAGUUGAUGUGUAGAAAGAGCUGUUUUCACUAGACGUUUCUGUAUUUUAUCUAGAUCUUGAUAUGAUAUAUGGUGUUAAAUCUU